AUGACACCCAAGACUAUGUCCGAUAUCUUUGCAGAGCGUGCAGUUGAGCUGCGCAAGUUCAUAUUCGAUCAACCAGCAUCCAAGUUCGCCAAUAAUCCAUGGGCUCUGGCAAAUUCCAUUCAAGACUUCGCCAACCAAGUCGGGCAUAUGAUGAUUUUCCAAGGGCCAAAGGUCGAUGUCGCCCGAGAGCAAAUAUUAGCUCUGCAGCCGGCGCCACGGACAAUCGUCGAAUUCGGCACGUUUGUGGGCAAAUCUGCGCUUGUCUGGGGUGCUAUCCUGCGUGACAUCUACGGCAACGCACCACCAGAAGACGUUAAGGUCUAUACUUUUGACCCAGAUGCGCAGAUGGUUGCAUUGACCCGGGAGUUCGUGAAACUCGCAGGUGUGGAAGAUUUUGUGGUAGUCUUGCAGGGCGCAGGCUCGGACUUGCUGCAAAAGCUGAACGCAGAAGGCGAAGUGACGUCGAUCGAUGUGGCAUUCUUCGAUCAUUGGGAGAAAUUCUAUCUGUCUGAUCUGCAGUUGAUUGAAGAGUUGAAGCUUUGGCAUGUUGGGUCCUUGGCAAUCGCGGACAACACAGAUUUCCCUGGAGCUCCUGAUUAUCUGGAAUACAUCAGAGCUAGCGGUAGCAAAAUAUCCGGGGUGAAGUACGCGAGCGAGACCUUCGAUACUGCUGGAAAGAAGGGCCCGAGUGUCGUCGAGGUCAGCACCGUCGUGUCAGUGGAGUGA